AUGCCGGCGGCAGGGAAGCGCAGCGAGGCCAGGCGGGAGGCCACGGCCCGGCGGCUGCAGCGCUUCGCAGCGCUCCGAGGGACGGCGGCUCAGGCCGGCGAGUUCUGGGACGUGGUGGUGGUGACGGCGGCGGACGCGGAGCAGGAGCGGGCUUACCGGGAGCAGCUGGGCGACAAGCUGCGGAGGAAGGAGCUGCCCCUGGGAACGCGCUACCAUGUCUGCACCGAUCCUCCCGGGCCCAAAAUCGGAAACGGUGGAUCAACACUCCACGUUUUACAGUGCUUGGAAGAUCUGUAUGGUGAUAAAUGGACUUCUUUUACUGUGAUGAUAAUUCAUUCUGGUGGCUACAGCCAACGCUUACCAAGCGCGAGCGCCCUGGGGAAGAUUUUCACAGCAGUGCCCCUGGGGGAUCCUGUUUACCAGAUGCUGGAGCUGAAGCUGGCCAUGUACAUUGACUUCCCCAGGCACAUGGUGCCAGGAGUUCUGGUCACCUGCUCAGAUGACAUCGAGCUGUACAGCACCAGCGGGGCAGAGCCCCUGGUGUUCGAUCAGCCGGGCUUCACCGCCUUGGCCCACCCUUCCGAGCUGGCGCUGGGCACCACCCACGGGGUUUUUGUGUUGGAUCCAUCCCACCUCUCAGGGAGAGGAGGGCUGGAGUCUGUGCCGUGCCAGCGCUUCCUGCACAAGCCUGACGUGGGGACGAUGCGGCGGUGCGGCGCGGUGCACGCCAGACCGAGCCCUGCUGGGCUCAGCUCCUCUGGAGACCGCGGCCAGGCGGGGCCAGGCUCCGAGUGCGUGUACACGGACAGCGUGUUUUACAUCCACCACAGCACUGCCAAGCAGCUGCUGGCCUUUUACAAGCAGGUGGGCUCUCUGUGCUGUGAGAUAGAUGCUUAUGGGGACUUCCUGCAGGCCCUGGGACCUGGGGCCACUCCAGAUUACACCACCAGCACCAGUAAUGUCGCGAAAGAGGAGGCAGGGCUGGUGGAGGUACGGCAGAAGCUGUACUGCCUUCUGAAGGGAACAGCACUGAACGUUCUCGUCUUAAACAACUCCAGGUUCUACCACAUUGGAACCACUCAAGAGUAUCUGUCUCACUUUACAUCAGACAGCAAACUGCAAUUUGAGCUUGACUUGCUGCCCGUGGCCUUCAGCAUCUCCUCUGGCACCUUGGAUCCGUCAGCGACUGUCAUCCAGAGCAUCCUGGAGCCAGGGUGUGUUAUUGGUUCUGGGUCUGUUAUUGAGUACUCCAGAAUUGGGCCUGAGGUCUCAGUAGGGAAGAGCAGCAUCAUUAGUGGGUCACACAUAGACGUGAAGGCAGAUGUACCUUCAAAGUGCUUCCUGAGCUCAUUGAGUAUCAGAAUGAACGGGCAGGUGAGGUAUGUCAGCAUGGUGUUCAGCGUGGAGGAUGACCUGAAAAGGAGUGUGAAGGCCUUGUCAGACAUCCACUCACUCCAGUUCUUUGGAGUCAGCUUGCUGGAGUGCUUGGACCUUUGGGGUGUGAAGGCUUCCCACCAGCUCUUCUCUGGUGACAACACACAUUUGGGGUUGUGGACUGUGAGGAUCUUCCCAGUUUGCUCUGCUUUGAGUGAAUCUGUCAGAAUGGCCUUAGAAAUGCUGAACUCCGUGCAGCACAGGUCAGCCUUUGAACUGGGCAGCUAUAAGCUCUUGUCUGUGGAAGAAAUGCUCACCUACAAAGAUGUAGAAGACAUGCUCAAGUUCAGGAAGCAAAUUUAUGAUGAAAUCCAUCUGCAGAGAGAAAAAGAGAAGCCUGAUGUGUAG